AUGGCCGCUCCUUGGUACGCUGUGGUAAUACUCGCCGCCACUGUGCUCGGCGCUUCCAUCACCCCAACAGAAAAACAGACGGUGGAAAAAUCAACUUGUGGAAGAGUUUGGAUAACUGUUCAUUCACCUGAGAUAAAACUAACUAACGGGGGGCAAAUACUAGAUGCCGUCGAGCUCAACUGGGACUUUAACGAAUGUUCAAAUACGCCUAGACAAAUUGGUCUUUUCAAUAAACGACCAGCAACCUGGGGCAACGCAUUAGUGAUCUAUCCUAUCCAGUCUACGGAAGGUCAUAUAGUAACAAGAAUCCCGCUGGGAGUAGGUGCGUUGCCAGCAGGAUGGGAAACAAGCGCUGGUGCGAGGGGUCCGAAUUGUCUAUGGCCUUGGGCUGGCGCUGGUGAUGCUGAUAUUCAAGCUUACAACUGCUUGAAGAUACAACCAACAUGGAUGGAGGAUAAUGCAGCUAAAAUCAACUCGCUCCGCAUUGGGGAACUCGUGAUCCCGGGUACGCACAACGCAGGCGCGUGGCGCUUCGAUACAGAAAUCAGCACCGUCACAAGGGACAGUUUUGUCCUUUGCCAGGAUCGCUCAAUCUGGGCUCAACUUGUACACGGAAUUCGAUACUUGGAUUUUAGGAUCGCCUACUACGAAUUCUAUCCAAAUAAAGAUGAGAGAUACUGGUUAAAUCAUAACCUUAUCCGAGUUCGUCCUUUAGUACCUUUACUGAAGGAGAUAAGAGCUUUCUUGGACGUUACUAAAGAGGUCGUGUUUCUCGAUGCACAUCAUUUCCCCGUCGGGUUCUACGAACCUGACGGCAGUCCAAUAAGAAGCGUUCACGCUGGUCUACUGGAGAUAGUGCAUAGAGAACUUGGACCUCAUUUGGCACAUGCAGACCGGUUCGCAACCGCACCCGGUACUAGAGGACCAACUCUCCAGUCCUUGCUAGACGCUGACAAACGUUUGCUAUUUAGCUACGUCGACAACAGCGUUGUUUCAGAAAACACCUGGCUAUGGCCGAUUCUACCACAUCUAUGGGCGAACACAAACAAUCCAUCGGAACUGUUCCAGUACUUAGAUGAGGCGAUAAGCAUGUCACCGCACCCUAACGCGCGGUCGCCGCUUCACUCAGCUAUGGCGCAAACUACUCCUACAGUGUUCGAUAUACUUUUACUGCGAGGUUCACUGCGAAUGAACGCUGACGCUGUAAAUCGCAACGUAACCGCACGCCUUGUUACCCACUGGCGACAACAAGCUAAUAUUAUCUCCACCGAUUUUUUCUUGGCCAAUGAUGUCAUCGACCUUUCUAUAGCUCUUAGCACCGAACGCGGAGCUCGAUUAUGA